AUGGCUAAGGACUCAGCUGCUCAGGAUGAGUUUGGCCAGGUCUUCCAGCCAAGAAGGGGGGGAUCUCUGGCGAGGGGAGGCCUGAUGGCGCCCCUGCGGAACCACUCGUCCAGAUGGCUGUGGGGUGGUUCCUCGGGAAGAGACCAUUUCAAGCCCAAGUCUUCAACGGCCUUCGAGGAGAACACGGAUAAGUUUGGGGUGUCCCCACUGAGUUUCACAUGCAGCUCUUCAUCACUCCCAGCAAACAAGAUCAGGUCACUCGCGGCAGCAGAGGGACGCAGAUCAGGCUGCGUGAAGAGGCGGGGAAUCCCUCUGGGUGGAGAAAGUGAGGAACUAGCAGCGCCAAGGGCAGACGCGGAUCGUACCAACGAGAGCGUCGUCAUCGGCAGGCCGCGCGGGAUCGGCCUGCACAGAGUGGGCCGGGCCUCUGGAUGUCACUCUGACCCCCGUAAUCCCCGCCAAGCAACGACAGGUGGAAAUGAUGCGCUCUCUCUCUCUCUCUCUCUCUCUCUCUCUCAGGUGUCGGAGAUGAUGAACAGAAUGGAGUCUGCUGCUGCUGGUCUGAGUGUCUCGGUGGGUCACCCGUCGUUCUCUCAGCCGCUGCCGCCCUCGUCUCUCCAGCGCUUCCUGCGAGCCGGACCCAUCCCCGGCCUCGUGCUGGCAGACCAUCAGAAAUCCUUCAGCAACAGAUACUACGAGAGCAUGUACGAUGACGCAGAGAACCUGAACGUCACGUAUCCGCCCGGCCUGACUCCAGACGAGCAGCUGGUGUACGAGACGGACGCGGCCAAGUCUCUGGCAGAAGUGGCCACACUCGUCGCUCGCUCGCUUUACUUACAGGCAGGAGGAGAGAACAACAGCCUGAGCAACAUCACCGCUGACCCCAAGACCGUGAGUCACAUGACCAACACACACACACGGUCACAUUUCCCAGUCCUCCUCAGUGCUCUACAUCGUGUCUCCAGUCCUCGCAUCCACGGCCCGGUCCACAGCGUCACGCGCUUCGUUCAGUACAUCCUGGCCAAUCUGACGGGAACCGUCACCAACCUCACGGAGAGCCUGUGUUGCCAGAACCCCUCGUGUGUCGGUGUCUCAGCAAAAAAUUUGUUCUCGUAUUUCUGGGUGUCGGGUCCGGCGUCGGUCAACAGCACCAGAGAGCCGUUCUGCGUCCGAGCGUCCGUGCGUCUCUCCAAAGCCGUCUCUCCUGCCUUCGAGCUUCUGGAGUACGGCUCUCGAAAUUAUUCCACAUGGACCGAGUCCCGCUGGAAGAGCAUCCGAGCGCGCAUCUUUCUGGUGGCCAGCAGAGAACUGGAGAUGUUAACACUAGGGGUGGGCGUGGCCGUGCUGCUGCUGUCUCUGCUGGUGACCUACUUCAUCAGCUCGAAGGCGGAGCUUCUGUUUAGCUCCGCCCGUGACACGCCCACAACAGCCUACUGAACAAAACCAGAGUCCAGAAUCUCCAGCCGCUCUUUUCCCUCCAGCACACAAACACACUUCAGUUCACGAGUAAUUUAUUUAAAGAUGACCGGACUCUUGUGGUUUUAGCUGGGCUGGACUCUCCUGGAAAGUUGUUCAUAUUUUUUAUCAUCUUUUUAUAUAAUUCCAGAUGUGUUUUUCUGAUCAUGACAUGGACGGGCACAAAACUAAACUGAUUUUAAGUGUUUAAAGAUGAGAAUAAGUGUGUGAUUGAGUGUUAAUGUGUGUGUGUGAGAAUGUGCAAUAGCUUAUUAGGUUUAGUUGAACUUCAUCUCGAUGUGAAUCUUUUUAUUUGGGAAUGUAGCACUGUCUGUUCAGUCGUAGCUGAGCAGGACGAGUCGAUUCGCUGACGAAACUCCAGACACAGACUGACCUCAAUGAAUCGCUCAUCAUGUUUCCACUGAAGACGUGGAGCUUUAAACAAGAAAAUUAACUCUUCGUUUGUUUAUUAACUCCAGUUGAAUGAAAGCUGUUUGAUUAAUGAUGUCAUUAUUUUCCUCUGAGAAACUGAUGCCUUGUGAACCUGAAUAAACAUGACUUUCUUUUCCA